AAUAAUUCCAUUUUUUUUUUUAAAUGCAUGUAUAAACAUUUUAAUAAAAAAAGACAUUUUUAUCAUGCUUGUAUUAUUAAAUUUAUAAAAUUAUUUAUAAUUUUUGUAUUAUACUUGCGUAUGUUCCCCGCAUAUACUAAUAAGCACAUGUUUUUCAAUGUUUCUUUAAAAAUGGCUCUUUUUAGUCGUGGAACGAAUAUUUUUAUUAGUAAUAAUAGACAUUGUUUAAAGUUAAUUUCACCAAUUAGAAAAUUAGUGACAUGUACAAAUUUACCAUCACAAUUUACUUUUUGUGGAUAUUUUAUUAUACGACAAUAUUCAUCAGAGACAGAUAAUAAACAUAAAUCAAAGGAAUUUCUGACUUUUGAUAAUGUAAUUAAAAGAAGACGAAAUCAGGCGAAACGAAGUAUUUUGAUUCAAAUUAGGGAAGAUAGAUGUAUUCCUUAUUUACAUAAAUAUUGUUCGUCAUUUGGUACAGUAAAACAUAUUUAUCAUUAUCAACUUCCUGAUAAAACGGAUCACUGUUUAGUUGAAUUUACUUCAGAAGAAACUGUAAAUUUAGUUCUAAAAAAAGCGGAACACUUUAAUUUUAAUACAGUUAUUCCUGUGAAGUCAGCAAAUUUAUAUUUUCGAAAAUCAACUUUUAAUACCAUACCAUCUGAUAAUAAUAAAAUUCCAGUGACUUAUGGAAAACAAAUCGUCAAAAUGUCGCAAUUAUUAAAACAAUUGAAAACUGCAAAUUCGAUUUCAAAUCAAAUUGAAACUUGUUAUUCAUGUUUAAAAUUGAGUGAUAUCGAAUUGAGAUUAAGGUUUCAUAUGUCACACGAAAUUGAACGUUGUUUUAUUGGCUUAUUUCCUGAUAUUCAAGUUAUGCCUUUUGGUUCAACGGUGAAUGGUUUUGGAAAAACGGGUUGCGAUUUAGAUAUGUUUAUUAAUCUCGAUUAUCUAAGAAAUGUAAAUAAGGAAUCGCCAAUAAUAUUUGAAACGAAACCUUUACAUCUCAAUAAAAAAUAUCAACAGAAUACAAACUUUUUAGAAACAGUUGGUGAUGUUUUAAAAACUUUUUGUCCUGGAAUUAUGAAUGUUAUCAAAAUAAUGAACGCUCGAGUUCCAAUUAUUAAAUUCAAUAAUGAAUUUACGGGAAUUCAAUGUGAUCUCAGUCAUUCAAAUAUGUCAGCUGUUUAUAUGUCAGAACUUUUAUAUUUGUAUGGAGAAAUUGACGACAGAGUGAGGCCCGUUGUAUUCACUCUUCGUAAAUGGGCACAACUUAAAGAAAUUACCUGUGAGUCUCCUGGGGAUCAUAUUACUAAUUUUUCACUCACACUUCUUAUUAUAUUUUACUUUCAACAUAAGAAGAUAUUACCAACGUUGGAGCAAUUAAAAAGUACAGCUCGAAGAGAGGAUGUGAGAAUAACGGAAACUGGCAUUGAUUGUACAUUUGCUCGAAAUUUGUACAAAAUGAAAAAUUUUAAUUCAUCGUCAUACGAUUGUUGCGAUCUUCUUAUGGGAUUUUUUGAAUUUUAUUCAUCGUUUAAUUAUACAAAUUAUGGAAUUUGUCUAUUAAAAGGAAAGACCCAGGCAAAAAACAAUAAUUCACCGCUAUUUAUUUCCAAUCCUAUGGAACCAGAAUUGAAUGUCAGUCGUAAUGUUUCCUAUAGACAAAUAGAUAGGAUUCGCUAUUAUUGUCAGGAAGCGUUGUAUACAUUGGAAAUAGAGGCAAAGAAUUUAUCAAAAUCUUCAACAAUGAAGAAUCAAAUAGAAGAUUGGGGAAUUUUAAAACUUUUUCAAAACACGAAUGUGGAGAAAAAUGUAAAAAAACGAAAUUUCGCACCACCAAAUGUCAUUAACAUAAUGAACAUUAGAAAUAAAUCUAAAAAUGUUCUAAAUGAUACAAAAGUUCAUUUUGGUGCCAAUUGAUGUGUUGUAUCCCCCCCCCAGUGAUUUUCAAGACGAUUAUUGUCAAUCGAUCGUUGUAGAAAAUGUACAUAUUUCAAAAUUUUGAUUAAUGAAUUUUUUUUUUUUAUAAAA